UAUUUAAACCCGUCAUUCUAUUAUUCGAAUCCUAACAUCCAGGAGGAUGAUGAAAUAGUUAAUGGACUCUACUCAUGCAUAACGAAAAUGGUUGCUUCAUUGGAAGUACAAGACAAAAUACUUGCAGAACUAAGCAAGUAUAAGAGGGCUGAAGCAUUAUUCGGACAACCUUUAGCAAUCAGACAAAGGGACAAAAUAUCUCCAGUGGAAUGGUGGGAUAAUUUUGGACAAUCAACUCCAAACUUGCAAAAGUUUGCUGUGAGAAUUUUAGGUCUUACUUGUAGUGCUUCUGGAUGCGAGCGUAAUUGGAGUGUGUUUGAACAGCUUCAUAGCAAGAAACGAAAUAGGCUUGCUCAAAGUCGUUUGAAUGAUCUAGUGUUCAUCAAAUACAACAGAGCACUAAAACGUCGAUACAACCUACGAGAUAUUGUCGACCCCAUCUCCUUGAAAGGUAUUGAUGAUAGUAAUGAAUGGUUGAUUGGAAGAUUGGAUGACGAUUCUGAGGAGGAUGAUGAGUUGGUAUUUAAUGAUGAUUCUUUAACGUGGGGUGAUGUUUCUAGAGCUGUCGGAGCAAAAGAACCAUCAUUCUAUUCUAGAGCUAGUACCUCUAGACCAAAGACUAUUGUUUCAUGUUCAUCCUCGUCUACCACGCAACGGAAACAAGUAAAUUUAGAUGACUUCGAUUUGGAAGAAGAAGAUACUGAUGGCUAUAAGUCUAACGAAGGAUUGAAUGAAGACGAGGAUCAAUUUAGUGAUGAUGAGUUUGAUCUUUAGGGAUGAACUUUUAUUUUGAUUAUUGACUUGUUGAAUACUGGGUAGUUUUUUGUUGUGUUUUGUUGUUUAGGU